AGAACCCCUUUUUCGUUCUUGGAAGGAACCGUAGAAGAAGUCUGGUUGAUUGCUGCAAGCAGUGCUUAGCUAGCUAGAUCACGCGGAAGUUCGUAGCAUCGGCGCCACACAAAAAAAAACGUGUUCUGUUCAUCCUAAACGCAGCAGGGCAGCUUAUUCCUUCAUCAUGUCAGAGGGUCGGAUCUAUGUCGGAAAUCUUCCCAUGGACAUCCAGGAGAGGGAUGUUGAGGAUCUCUUCUACAAAUAUGGAAAAAUCCGUGAGAUUGAAUUGAAGAACAACCGGGGCACUAUACCGUUUGCCUUUAUCCGGUUUGAAGACCCACGGGAUGCGGAUGAUGCCGUCUAUGGAAGGAACGGAUAUGAAUAUGGAGACUCAAAACUGCGUGUGGAGUAUCCUCGAUCCUCUAGUAAAUUUAAUCCAAUGGGAGGUGGCGGCGGUGAUAGAGGAGACGGACCCAGAGGAAGAUUCGGACCCCCGACACGGAGGUCUGAGUUCCGUGUAAUAGUAUCCGGAUUACCGCCGAGCGGCAGUUGGCAGGACCUGAAGGAUCACAUGCGCGAGGCGGGCGACGUCUGCUUCGCCGAUGUGCAGCGCGACGGGGAGGGAGUGGUGGAAUUUCUCCGCCGAGAGGACAUGGAGUACGCGUUGCGCCGGCUCGAUCGUACGGAGUUCCGGUCGCACCAAGGUGAGACGGCUUACAUCCGUGUCUACGAGGAUAGAGGCACCCCCAACUGGGGUCGCUCGCGGUCCCGCUCCAGGUCCAGAGGCCGGUUUUCUCCACCCUACCGAGGAUCGCCUCCACCGCGCUACCAGUCCCCUCCGCGCAUGUCGCGCCAUAGUCCGCCCAGGAGACACGGACCGUCCCACCACAGCCCGCCGCCCCGUCACUACCGCUAAACGAUCAGGAAGAUUCAUCGAGAAAACCAAGGAGAACGUUUUGCAAUCCUUUUAUUUUUCUACCACCGCCAUUGUAAGUCGCAUUGUUUCUUGCUGCGUACAUUCCAGGCCCCCCCUCACCCCCCCUUUUUUUUUUUAAACUAUCUCUGUGAUCGCAGAAGAAUUUUGACCUACUAUGCUUCGUAAAAUAGUUUGCUUCAACAAGUUCUCACAAUGUUAGAAUAUUAAGCGGUCACAUUUUUGGAGCUUUAUUAGUUUUAGUGAUGAAUCUCAAGCUAAUCUUCUGAUGCAGAACAAAUUAGUGCAACUUUUCAAAUGUCAGCUGCACCUUGUGCUGUUUUUGUUUUUUAAUGAGCAUCUGACUGAAGUAGCUAAAUUACCAUCCUGUGUGCAUUUUUCUUUACCAAUAAAAUGUUAACUUUCUUUUA